CACAAAUCUACUACACGUCUACGCACCGAUACGCACCGUAUCACUCACUCUACGAGCGUCUGCUUCUGUUGCCGCAUCCAUCUCUUUCGCGUACUCGCGAAGCAGCUCAAGAACACGGUCACCCAGCAACUGGAAAUCUGACAGCUCGAGGUAGAUCUGAGCAGAAAGGCGCAUCCAAAACAUCCGCUUGCUCCCCUCAGUCGGGUCAACAUCUGGAGGUAGCUCACGACCGUCACCUGCAUGCACCAACGGACACGUGAACAUUGCGUCCAUUUGUCUACCUUUUCUCUUUCAGCCUCACUUGCGAACACGAUGACGUCUUCUCGCGGGAUUGUGACGAACCGAAGGGGCAGCGGCGUAGCGAAGCAAACGACAUACGUCUGAUACCGCUCGAACAGGUCUCUCUGCAGUCUCUCGGCCACCGCCCACUCGCUCACGGGCAGCCGCACUGUCGCCAUGGCAGCGCUCAUCUCUGGCGGAGCGGCCAAUUCUGUCUGCCAGUUCUUGGCGAGCAGCUGGCCUCCCUCGUCAGCAAGCUUCUUCAGGUAUGCCAUGAUCUCGGCAUCACCGAAUCGCUUUCGGAAGUCCAGACAGGCAUCCAGAGCGCAGAAUGCCGUGUAGUCUCUCGUACCGGUGUACUGAACCACACACACAUACACACACACACACACACACACGAGUCUGCGUCGGCAUGUGUUUGUUGCCCACUCAUGUGUGCAUGGAUCUUACCUCAAACGAGCCUUGGAAGUCGUCUUUGUAGUCGGACGAAAUCACCGUCGGUCGGACGGUGUCGUGCUUGGAGCGGCGGACGAAGAAAAUGGCGGUUCCCUUCGGCCCAUACAGCCACUUGUGUGCGUUGGCAACGUAGAAGUCCACUCCUUUGUCGGCAAGAUCGCUGAGGUCGAAGGGAAUCUGUCCGAGAGCAUGCGCGCCGUCAAUGACGACAUUGAUGUUGCCUUUCUCGCGACACAAGGCUGCCAGCCUCUCGACUGCAAGAACCAUACACACAGAUGCAAGGGAAUGUCCGGACAUUGCAGCCUGCCCCUUUCCCGACCUGGCAAGAUGACCGGGGGCACCGAUGCGAUGUGUGAGAAGACGGCCAUCACCCCUCGAUGGCCAUACUUGUCGAGAGCUGCCCUAACGGCGUCGACGAUGGCCUGCUCGCUGCUCAGUGGGAAGUCCACCAUCACCACCAGUGGCACAAACCUCUCACCGACAUGUUUCUUGAGAAAGUCCACGGUGAACGGGACCAUUGCGUACGCCGUCGACAGCAUCAGCACUAUGGGCGGCUCCUCUGCUGACCCAUAUGCGUCGAAAUCGACGGAUCGGAGGAUGGCGUUGAUGCCGCUCGAAGCCCCCUCGACAAGCACGAGAUUCAGGAUCACAAUGGACGUAGGCAGCCAUCUUCGCACGCGUCACCUUGAGCAGCUCACGGUACUCCUUGCGGAAAAACAGGUCUGGAUAUGCCUCCUGCCGCUCAAAGAGAGUGCGCUGAUAUUGCGCAACGGGCCGUGUGACGCUCCCAUAGCUGCCGUGAUUGAAGUUUGUGAACCCGUCAGCCAGCUGCACACACAUACACUCAUUGCAGCAGAUGACCAUCAAUGGAGCGCAUUGAGUACGGCUUCGUUAGAGCACUCACAUAGAAGUGAUGACGGCACGAGUGGCCGAGGGCCUCCUUCUGGUGGUCUGGCAUUGUAACCACUGUCGAGAUGAAUGAGCUGCAGAGAAGCCACAGCUGAUGCAUAUCCCCUCCUUGGGAGAUCUCGGCAUGUGAGUCAGAGGACCGUCAGCAAGAUGACAGGAAACUCACCACAAACGUCCCAUCCGUCAUGAUCUGGGCACCCAUCAGCUUCAGCCGACCGUCUCCCCGCU